AUGCAGAUCCCCACCAGCGGCAGUCCCAAGCCCAAGGAAUUCGACUCGAUCGAGUCAACCAUCGACGCGUUCCGCCGCGGCGAGUUCAUCGUGGUGCUCGACGACCAGAACCGCGAGAAUGAAGGCGACCUGAUCAUCGCGGCGGAAGAUCUCACGACGGAGAAAAUGGCAUUCAUGGUGCGGUACACCAGCGGGCUGAUCUGCGCGCCUCUCACGUCCCAGAUCGCGACCGAGCUCGAACUGCCGCAGAUGGUGGUGGACAACGCGGACCCGAACCGCACGGCGUACACGGUCUCGAUCGACGCGGACGACGCGUCCGUGUCGACGGGCAUCUCGGCGCACGACCGCGCGCUGACCUGCCGCACGCUCGCCAGCAAGAAAGCCACGGCCGCGAGCUUCCGCCGCCCCGGCCACGUCUUCCCUCUGCGAGCCCGCGACGGCGGCGUCCUCGAGCGUACCGGACACACCGAGGCCGCGGUCGAGUUCUGCCGUCUCGCUGGAAAGGCGCCCGUCGGUGUCAUCUGCGAGAUGAUUGAGGAUGGGGUCGUUGUCCCUGGUGAGACGGCCAUGCGUGAGCCCGGCAUGAUGAGGCGUGAUGCCUGUUUGGCGUUCGGCAAGAAAUGGGGUCUCAAGACUUGCACGAUUGAGGAUUUGGUCGAUUAUGUCGCCAAUGUCGAGGGGAAGAAGUUGGGUAAUGGUGCUAAUGGUCAUCAUUAG